AUGAGCGAUGUUGGAAUAGAAGGAAAAAGUAAUCGAACGCAUCGUAAAGCUAAUCGGCUUUGUCCCGAUUGUGAUCGCCCGAGGAGAUCUUAUGGUUGGUGUACAAAAUGUGAAUCAAGAUGUAUGGAAAAAAACUUUCCUUUUUGGACUAGUGGAGAUAGGGAUUUAGAUAAAAUAAUUCAAUUUAGUCAGAUUUCAGCGUUACAAACUUGUGAUUAUUUGGAGUUUAUAAAAUUUGAAGAUAUAGAAUUUAAUAAUUUAAUUGCUGAAGGAGGUUUUAGUAAGGUAUAUAAAGGUAUUUGGAUAGAUGGACCUAGAUGGAAUUGGAAUGAACUUGGGGACAUUUGGUGUCGUAGUGGGCCAAUAGAGGUUGCUUUAAAAGAACUUAAAAAUUCUCAAAUAUUGUCACAUGAAUUUCUCGAACAGCUUAAAAGAUAUUAUCAAUGCCUGCAAAAUGGGACAAUGGCAGACUGUUUUGGAAUUACAAGAAAUAAUGAAACUGGUUGUUAUAUGUUCGUUAUGCGAUAUUAUGAAAAUGGAAACCUUUAUGAAUUUCUUGACAGAAAUAAAGGAAUUAUUAGUUGGAGAGAUAUGGUAGAUAUGUUAUGGGGAAUUGCGAGUGGACUAGAAAAAAUUCAUUCAGAAAAUCUAUUUCAUUCGAAUCUUCACGGAGGAAAUCUUUUGAUUGAAGAUGAAACUAUUUCUACGGACGCAAAAAUUGCCGAUAUCGGACUUCAUGGAAAAGCAAAUGAGCUA